AGCACCUUCUUAGCACUCAACAUGAACAUUACAACAACACUGUUGUAUAACACAGAAUAAAAGAUUUUGUGUAGGGAUUUUAAUAAACUAAAACUCUUUCAAUUAAUGUUUAUAGAGCUGUUUUUUAUUUUGUUUAGUUUUGGAAGCAAAAAAAGCAAAACCGACAUACUGUACUUACACAAUACUGUUACUUUAUAAUGUUUAUCAUCUGCAUUUUUUUUUUUUUGCUGUAAGAGCAUCAUAUAACCUGCUCUUAUAUGCUUACCGAAAAAUAAACCACAGCCAUAAGCAGGUCACCACAGUUAGUCUUCAUUACACAGUAGAUAUAAACUGUCUGCUCAGAUUAUUAUUUUUUUUAAAGCAUAAUUCAAUUCCUCAACAAAUUUCUGGUAAUAUUUUCCUGACACAAAGGUGACUAAUGUAGAGCUAAUGAAGUCUCAUCAAGGCAGUGCAAAGUAUAGUAUCUCAGUUUAAUGUAGUAAGUGCUCAUGGAAAAUUGUUUGAACUCAGCUGAGAAAUAUGACCCCGGUAUCAUCACGAGCGGCUGUUAUGGAUAUUCAGCCAGUAUUUUUAACUAUUAUUACCAUUCAAAUAUUCCAACAUUCAAAAGGUCAAUUCUGAUUACCAUUAUCUUCAAGAUUCUUCUUGAAGAGGGUUGGACCACAAAAAGUGGGAAGUAUACCGUUUCACUUCAUUAUUUUACUUCGCUUGGUUGCCCGUGCAAUUUGAUCAUACGUGAGAGCAGUGUGCCACUGAUCUCCGCCUGCUCAGCUGGAUGAGGAUGGUGAUGAAGGAGGUGGGGUUAAUAGCUGCAGCAGUGAGCGCUGAUGGUAAACUAAAACUCUGGACAGCAGGAGCCUGAGGAACGAAAGAGCCCCAUAACCUGGCUGAAAUAAACCUGCAAUAAAGCCCACAGUGCCUUGAUUUUGAUCUGUGGUGGAGUUUAGGGCAGCAUGAGGACUUUAGUGGUGUGGACGGCGCUCAGUGUCUGUGUGAACAUCGCAGUGACGGCCUGCUCAGUUAAAAGGCUGGGUAAUAACCCGGGGCGGUUCGCCAAUGCCACUUUAGUGCGCCUGUCUGAGUAUUUAAGCGCUGGAUAUAAAAAAGGAGUACGACCUGUAAAAGACUGGCGUGACUCAACCAUGGUGGCAAUCGACUUAAUGGUCUAUUCGAUCCUGAAUGUGGAUGAGAAGAACCAGGUUUUAACAACAUACGUGUGGUACAGGCAGCAAUGGAUCGAUGAGUUCCUUGUGUGGAAUCCAGAGGAUUUCGAUGAUGUUCGGCAGAUCUCAAUCCCGACUGCAAAUGUCUGGGUUCCUGAUAUUCUCAUUAAUGAGUUUGUAGACGUUGGAAAGUCACCCGACAUUCCAUAUGUGUAUGUAAGCAAUGAUGGACUUGUACAGAACUACAAGCCCAUUCAGGUGGUAACAGCCUGCUCUCUCAACAUCUACAACUUUCCUUUUGAUGUCCAGAAAUGCAGCCUCACUUUCCAGAGCUGGCUGCACACUAUUAAUGACAUCAACAUCACGCUAAUGAGGGACCCGAAGGAUGUAAAAGAUGACAAGUCUGUGUUCAUGAACCAGGGAGAGUGGGAGCUGCUGCAUGUCUUGUCCAAAUACAAAUCCUUCAGUGUGGACAACGAUGACUACUAUGCUGAAAUGAAGUUCCACGUGGUGAUUCGCCGCAGACCGCUGUUCUACACCGUCAAUCUACUUCUCCCCAGCAUUUUCCUGAUGGUGAUGGAUAUUGUGGGCUUCUACCUUCCCCCCGACAGUGGGGAAAGAGUAUCCUUCAAGAUCACUCUGCUGCUUGGAUACUCCGUCUUCCUCAUCAUUGUCUCUGACACACUGCCAGCCACCGCCAUUGGCACCCCUCUCAUUGGUGUUUACUUCAUUGUGUGCAUGGCCCUGCUGGUAAUCAGCCUCACUGAAACGGUGCUAAUCGUGAGGCUGGUGCAUAAGCAGGACCUGCAGACACAUGUGCCGCAGUGGGUCAAGUACUUAGUGCUGGAGAAGGCUACCGUCCUCCUCUGCAUCCGCAACAAGAAGUUCUGCUCUCUUCUGUCGCAUGAGUCUGGCCUGCCACGCUACACAGAGAACAACAUGAACACAGUCCGCUGUAACCACCACCACUGUGAAAGCGACAUGGACAGGAAUCUUGUAAUGGGACUUCCCAUUCGAGACAGCACUCCUCCAGUCAUGGACAACAUCCUGCACGAAGUCUCGUCCAUCCGGCAGUACCUGGAGAAGAGACAGGCAUGUCGAGACAUCGCAAAGGAGUGGCUGCAGGUGGGCUACGUGUUGGAUGUUCUACUCUUCAGGGUCUACCUGCUGGCCAUGCUUGCCUACAGCAUCACCCUGGGCACACUCUGGUCUGUCUGGCAGUAUGCCUGAAAGACUUAAAAAAUGCUUCGUUAUCUGUCUUCUUAAAAGCAGUUGCUGUAUGUUGGCAGUUAGCACAUUUGUGUAAAAUUGACAUACACUCGACACAAGUGGUGUCCCACAACAGAAUUGCUAGUUGGUGAAGCAUGGAGUGUGUUAAAACUGCAGUAGGUGUGUUAGCGCCACUCACCACGCCAGUCAACAAUUUCAACUUUCAUUGCAAUAUGUAACCCCUGAUGUCACUUUAAAUGUUGGACUUAAUGUUUGGUUGUGUACAAGUAUGUGUAAGAUCUGAAUAAGCAUUAUAGAAACAGACUUUAAAAAUAAAGUCUGAACCUUAAACCAGAGCAAAUAACCAGCAUAUGUAGUCUGUAGCUACUUUAGUUGAAUCUGAAAUGACUUUUUAAAAAUUUUGUUAAUUCCAUUACAGAAAAGUUCUGUUUUUUCCACAUACUUUAUUCCCCCUUACAUAUUAAUUUUUAAGUUACAACAGUUUGUGUCCACAUUUCUAUUUUCAAAAACACAAUUUCUUUAUUUUGUGGUAAAUCUUGUAUUUUUUUAUGUUCAUUUUUUCUAUACAGAGAAUCCUUCACAUAUGAUUUCUGACACAAUUCAAUUUUCUCAUUCACUUUAAUUAAAAAAUGUUCAUAACACAGAUAAAAAUGAUGAUCACAUGUAAAUGGUGAUUUUUCUAUAAAGAGCCUUGUCAAUGUGAAUAUAAUGUUAUAACAUAAAGACUGUUAAAAUGACCACAUUUUGAGCUUUCAUCAUCAAAAACAUUUGCGAACAGAAUAAUUUUUGUUAAACAUUCCCUGCGGUUGCAUUCCAUUUUUAUAAUUAUUUCUAUUCUCUGUGUACGCCUUAAUCAUUUUAAUGUCACUGUUGCCGUCUCUUAAUUGAAGUGUGUACUGAAAUGCAUUGUAUCUAAAGUGUUCAAAUGUUGUAUUUUACUGGCAGAUAAUAAGCAAAAUAUCUCAAUGUCGUACAUACCUGUAAUCAUACACAUAUACUUAUUUCUUCCAGAUCAGCCAAGAUGUGUUUAACGUAUUGAGUUGGUUGUUUAUUUUUACUCUGGCUGUUGUAGCGAACCUGUAAGGAAAGUUUAUAGUCUAAAUCAAUCCACUCACCUCAGUAGACAUAGUUUGGCUCUGUAGUAGCAUUUGUACAUAAACGGUUACAUAAAGUAGUAACUGCUUUCAAAAGAUAAAAUAUAGCAAACAAACUGAUACUAUAUUAUAAUCUGAAUAACUUCUAGCCUACAAAUCAAUUCUAGCUGAGGAAGAAAGUGAUUUGGCUUUAAAAUGGCUUCCACAGAUGUUUUUAGCUGAAUAUUUACCUUUAAAAAAAAAUAAAUAAAUGUGUAUUAUAUAGUGUUUGAAGGUGGAAUUUAGGUUUAACAUUAGGUUUAGGAAUAUUCUAGAAUUACUUGCAUAUUAAUCUUUAUAAUUAACACAUUAUAUUCAAUGUCCAAGAUUAAUUUGGUAAUCAACUUUUUUUUUAAGUUUACAUUUCUUUCAUCAUUACGCUUCAUUGUGGUUAACAGUUUUUCUUUUCUUUCCCUCACAAUGCUUUUCUACUAAUUUUCUACUUCACUGCAUGUCGUACCCUGUAUGUAUAUGUAUGUGACAAAUAAAAUUUUAUUUGAUUUGA